CACAUAUACCCACUUGCCUCCAAAGCCUUCAACUCAUCUUCCUCCCGCCGCCUUUGUCCCAGGGCAGCAUAAGAGAGUAAGCAGCAGAGAAUACGUCGGUCAGACUGUCUUUGGGGACCCAUCUCUCAUCGCCAUGCCCAGCAGUAAAGGCACAAACGGUAUCAUGUCUGAGCCCAAGAAAACAGGAAGAGGAUCGUCAAAGAAAGCUGCAACAGUAGAAAAGCCGCCAGAAUAUGAGCCCAACAUCCCUGAACCCAAGAUGAGAGCUGACCUGCUGAAAUACUGGGCGCCAGUCUCCCUGGAUGAGAGAACGGCACAGAAGGUCCUGUGGAUUUCUGAGGGAGGUCUGAAGGUGGCACGCAUGACAGACAAUAUGUGCCCCUAUCUGGACAGACCAGAGAGAUAUGAAGACUCACCCCAGGUGCUGUGCAAGGAGGGCAUCGAGGGCUGGCGCGGCUACUGGGAGGUGGAGUACGACGGCUGGGUGGUGUUGGGCUUGGCCCUGGAAAGCAGUGGCCGCAAAAUCAAGGACGGGCCCUGUGGCCUCGGCGAGAACGAAACGUCAUGGGGCGCAGGGUGGGCCGGCUCCAACUACCACGUGUGGCACAACGGCGAGAACGUGGUGAUCCAGGAGAACCUCUGCAACACCAUGGGCAUCUACCUGGACCAGCCGGCGGGCAUCAUCAAGUUCUUCCUGGUGGAGGCCAACGCAGAGGGCACGAAGGAAGUCAAGCUACUACAUCAGUUCAAGACAACCUUCAGCCAGAAGGUGUUCCCAGGCUUCUGGGUGGGAAGGCAGUCCUCCUGCACUAUCUGUAAGAAAGACUAG